GUGUUAGGUUAGGUAAUAAAUAGCUUUUGGAGUGGUUAGGGUGAGAUAGUGGUUGUCUUAAAUAGAUUUUAUGGUUAGAUAGAUCAAUGCGUUUAGGUGUGUGGUUAUGUGUCAAGUCCGUUAUGGUUGGCAUUGUGAUCAAUGCGUUUUUGGUGCUUUUCAAUCUAUUAAAAUCUUGUUGAGUUUCGUUUCUUGUAUCACGUUCUUCUUCUUCUUCUCAGUUUCAUCUUUGUUAUUUUCUAUUUGUCUUUCUUAAUAUGGAUCCAUUUGCUGGAACCUCCAAGUUUGUUUCGUUUGGUAACUAUGAAGAUAGCGUCUCACUUUCCUCAUCGCAACUUCCAUUUGUAGGUACUCAAGGAGCGGAAGCAUCAAGCGGGUUUGAUGGAGACACGCCUGCAGAGCCAAAAGGAAGACAGAGAUGGACAGCAUCUGAUGAUGUUGUGCUCAUCAGCGCGUGGCUAAACACGAGCAAAGAUCCCGUGGUUAACAACGAGCAAAGAGCAGGUGCAUUUUGGAGAAGAGUUGCUGACUACUUUGCUGCAAGUCAGGAGGCUGCUGCAACUCAGAGAGAGCCAAAGAAUUGCAAGCAUCGAUGGCACAGAAUCAAUGACGAAGUCUCCAAGUUCUGUGGUGCGUAUGAAGCGGCUACUAGGGAGAAAACAAGUGGCCAAAACGAGAAUGAUGUACUCAAGAAUGCUCACCGAAUAUUCCUCAUCAAUCGGAAGAAGAAAUUCACACUGGAACACGCAUGGAAGGAGCUCCGCUACGACCAGAAGUGGUGCGACCUUGGUACUGCUAAAACCGAUGGGAGGUCGAAGAAGAGGAAGUGUGACGAAGUUGUAGAUGAGUCUCCCUCGGAAGCAACUACAAACAAGCGUCCUCCUGGCAUUAAGGCCGCAAAGGCGAGUGCUAAGAAGAAGGCUGGACAGGCGCAAUCCCUGGGCGAGUUUGAGAGCAUGUGGUCAAUCAAGAAUGAGGAUUUGAAACGGAAAGAAGGUUUGUGUAAGAUGAAUCUACUUGAGAAGCUUAUGGGUAAGACGGAACCUCUAACGGAGAGUGAGGAAGGCCUGAAACAGAAGCUCAUCGAUGACUUGAUGUCUAGUUAGGUGAAGAGAGUGGUGACAGUGAGUGUCACAAGAGUGGAGACAGUGUUGUUGUCUUGUGUCACGAGACAACAUUAUGUGUCUGUUGACAUUUGUUUUCUUCUAUCACGAGAGUUUGUGUCUGUUGUAGUGUAGUGUCUAGUGUCUCGUGAGUGUUGUAGUGUAGUGUUGUAGUGUCUUGUGAGUGUUGUAGUGUCUGGUCCCGAGUGUUGUAUGAGCUUUCAAUGUUAUAAAUUCAGUUAUUGUUAUCAUUUCUCUCUAUUCUCAUUCACAUCAA